AUGCUAGAUAUCGCUACAACAAUCCUCGAUCAGCUCCAGAGGAUAGUCGGGCCCAGCUCGACACUUAAUAAACCACCAAAGCCUCCCACAAACGCGACAUUCUCUCUUCCUCCGCAACCAACUAAGGAAACACCCAAAAUCAUCAAGAAGAUAACCCGAACCCAACAUUCAAUUCUGACUUGUCGGAAUUGUAAGGGAGACGUACUCCGACUCAAGAAGAAGAACCAGAAGUUGCGCGCAAACAUCGAGACGCACAAGGACAACAUCAAGGCCAUUAAAGACGGCAUGCCCAACAAGAAGACCCCCAACAAGAUGCUUCAAAAGGUGAAGGAACUCGCCAACUGCGUCGAGCGCCAGAAUGCUCGCAAGGUAAACACACAUCAGAAGUUGCUUACAACCAGUCUCACUAACGAUCGGCAGUUAACCUCGCAAGCGAUGCUCGAGGUCCUAGAGAACGACGUCGAAGCCUGCGAUGUUGACUUCCAAGCCACUGCUGGUCCCCUGUGGACCGAGCUUGGAGAGCUGUGCAAGGCCGCGGAGAAGAACGACAAGGCUACAACCGAGAUCGGUUUCAGACAGCUCUUCCUGAGAUUCCCGAGCUGGCAUGUUGGUCAACCCAUCGCCGUGCUUCCGCCAGACUUCAAACGGAGGAACCCGCUCAGGGUGCGACCUUUCCAAGAUUUCGAUGACGCCGCCGGACCGCCCUUCAAUGCCCGAAACAGGCUCGUGAACAUGGUCCAUGAGACUGGAGGGUUUAACCCAACGUGGAGGAGAAAGAAGGUUGAGGAAUACAUCGCCCCUCAAGAAGAUGACGAACAGAAGCCUUCGAAGAGGAAGCGAAAGAACAAGAACAAGAAGACGAAGGAAGCAAAAGACGUGAGUCCCGCACUUCUGGAAAGUCAGUAUGACUUGCUGUGGAAUCUUAUACAGGAAGGGAUCCGGGUUGGAGCAGAUGAUCACACAACGGAGUCGGGGUCGGGUUUUGCAACACCAUCGGAGCUUACCAAUGCGAAAGAGCCCAUCGUUCUCGACGCACAUCAACGCCAUGCUAUCCACAGGGUCCUCGAGAGAUUGAAGGCAGGCCAUCAUGGAACCAUUGUGGCAUACGGCAUGGGUAUUGGCAAGACGCUGGUAGCUACAGGAUUGUACGCCGUCUUGAAGCGAGACUUCGCCAUGCAUCGGCUUGAUUGGCCCUUGCUUGACAAGACGACUUUGGACGAAGGGCAUGAUGCGCAUGACUUCGACCCCAAGACGAGCAUACAGGGAGGAUUCCUGAUCGUUGUUCCAGUCGAUCUCAUUCCCCAAUGGGAGAAGGAGCUCAAGGUGCACUUGGAAAACCCUCCAAGUGUCAUUGUAUACCAUGGACACCAGUCAUGGCACCACUCCACUGCGCAUACUGCAUACGAGCUUGCCGCAGUCGAUGUGGUAAUAACAUCCUAUGAGACGUUACGGUCAGAUUACGAAGAUGCCAUGGCCGCUGCAGCGUCGCACGAAGACUUCUUCAAGACACCGGUUCUCGCACGUUCCCCCACCAUGGUCAUAUACUGGAGGGGCCAAAUCUUAGACGAGGCACAUAAGAUCGCAAACGACAAGACUGGUGUCAACAAGGCUGUAAAUCGCGUUCGAGCGUUGAUGCGUCUGCCACUUACGGGUACGCCAUUCCUCAACGAUUACACAGAUAUCCAGUCCCAGCUGUCGCUGAUCAAGCUCGCGCCCUGCGACGAUCCGAACUUUUUCGCUUCUCUUUUCCUGUUACAUUCUGCGGCCAACCCAUUCGUAUACCGCACGUUGUCGGGCAAACUCAACAGCGUGUUCUCUCUGGUACUCAAGUUAUACUCUCUCCAGCUAGAUCACGGAAACAUUUUUGAUGGCGAGACGGUUGCUUCCGAGAUCGAUGCGGAAUAUGUUCGACAUGACCACGAAUUGGAAAGCUGGGAGAGAGACGCGCAAGAGAACGUUAACCAACCGUGGCUUCCAAGGUUGGGACCUGGGAGCCGGGCGAGGGUGAGCGGCAAUAGCGGCGAAGAUAUUCUCAAGCUCAUCAUCUUCGCCAGAGUAGCGGCUGUGCACCCCGAAUAUGCUGACACGGGUCACGGAGAGAACGGAAUUGUCAAGGUCGAUUAUCAGGAACUCGACGAUGGUGCAGUAGAAGGCCUCCCCCUGGGCGAGAUUUCGAAGUUGCAGGUGCUCAAGCGUGGCGUGGGUCAAUGCGGCAAUGACGUCAUGGCUAGCGGACCUUGCGACGCGUUCGUUUUGAUCACGCACUCUCUCCAACUCUACCUAAGUAUCUUACAGUCCAGGUUUCGUUCAAACUAG